UUCUUAUUCUCUCUCUCUGAGGAAGAAGAAGAAGAAGAUGAUACUAAGGAAGCGUCCACGGCCGCAGAUGAAAAGAACGGCGAGUAUAUCAGGAAUCACGGUGGAUCUCAGCCACGUGGAGGGCGAACAGCCAUCCAAUCAUCACAAUUCCGGCACCGGAGAUAUUCCUCCGGUGAUCGCCACCCAAAAUCCGGAGACUGAUCAAAUGAAUUACACCUUAUCUUUUGUGUCACCAAGAGGCCGGAGAAAUCUCUCCGCCUUUAACAAACACUCCGAUGACCCUUCUUCUCUCCACUUUCUUCGCACUUGCACCUUCUGUCACCGCCGUCUCUCCCCCGCCCGUGACAUUUACAUGUACAUGGGAGAUACAGCUUUUUGCAGUGCUGAGUGUAGAGAGAAGAAGAUGGAACAAGAUUUCACAAAAGAAAAGGGCACCACCACCGGCCACGGCGGCGGCGGCGGUGGCAGGCAUAAAGAAAGGUCAGAUUGUGGCAGCGGAUUUUAGAUGGGUUUUCAAGUAUUAUAUAUGUUUGUAUGAUUAUGAAUCAGAAAUCGAUAUGCACGUUUUUGUUUAAAAAUAUUGCGAUUUUUGUUUUU